CACUCGAGUGUCCAACACCAAUUGGCCACACUGCGCCUCGCAGAAGCCUCGACGAGGCACUGUCCAACGGCGACCUCGCCGCAGUGUUCAAAAACAGCACUCGGUGAGGUGCAUCACAGCCAAGGACCAACCACAAUGGAUGCUUCCAGGCGGCUCGGGUGCAAAGCUAUCUUUUUGAUCACUUUUCCCCUCGCCCCUCUCAUGCAUGUCUUGGAUGCUCCUCUGGAGAGGAGGAUAUCAGCCCUGAUAGCCCCCAGCUGCCUUGUUCUUCGCAGGUCUGCUGUUGCUGAAUUGCUGAACAGCGAUCUCUUCUUCUUUACACCAUACGACUACUAUCGUUGAGCUCCUUGCACUGCGGCUGACGACAUAGGCUGGACGACCUCAGGCUGACGCUUACGGACCACUGCUGCGAAGCUAGCUGUAGUUCGACGUAGGUGCAUUGAGAGAACGAGGAGCGAGACACGGGAGGAGGAAUUGACGCAAAAUGGUGCUUCCUCGACAGAAUCGACAACCACGAAGCGGCGAGCGACAACACCAAAGAUUCUCAUGGCAGACUCCUCCACACACCCCGCCGGAAGAGGCCCAGAACCCCAAUCAGCAGCAGCAACAACACCAAUACCAACAACCUCCACAGCUCAACACCGACCUGAGCGGCCAGCAACCGCACAGCCGAGCCUUCUCCUACGCGCAAACGCCCGCAGAGCAUCUCGCAUUCCAAUACAUCCCGUCGCCGACCGAGCAGCCUCCUCUCCCGCGCUCCGUAACGCCAAUAGAUCCCCGCCCUCAGUCGAUCUACACCCCGCAUAAUAAUCUUCCGGGUCAGCCGCAGACACAGGCCGCCCACGCGUCGUCUCCCACGCAUCAUCAGCGUCAUACCCAAGAGAGGCCACCUCUCUCCCCACUAUCGCCGCACGAUCGCUCGAAUGCGCUGGUUUCGCCAGUCUCUCCGGUCGCGGAGCCGCAGAACGUAUACCACACACAGCAGCAGCCCCAUCCACAGCAAUACGCUCAGAUCCAGCAAACCCACCAUUUGCGCAAUCUCUCCAACCUUGUCCCGAUCAAUACCAACGUAGCCCAGCAGCGCAUGCCCCCGAUUCCCGCAACACCGCGCUCGCACAAGUCGCAGGCAUCACCGCUACCCAACAAGACGCCUAUCACACCCAUUUCCCCUCCUCCCUCUUCAAUCAAGAAACCAGACACCUCGCCCGCCGGCUACCCGCUCCCCAUGUCCGCGAACAGCCAGAAAUCCUCCUACGCGCACGAACCCUACUCCCCGCACGGCUUCUCCUCCCGCAACACCGGGCAUGCUGUUUUCAGCCCCGACUCGGCUCACGGGCCCAACGGGUUGGAUUUCUCCCUGCAUCGCCCUGGCCAGAUUGCGCAUCCGAACAUGGAUCUCUCCGCUUCCGGAUCAACACACGAAUGGAAACACACGCUCUGCUCCUGCACGCCCAACCCUUCCGACUGCCUCACCGGCCUCCUAUGUCCAUGCAUCCUCUACGGCCGCACCAGCUACCGGCUCUCGCAGAAAUCCUCCAAAAACGACCCCACGGACCUUCUCUCCUACAGCGCCACGAACGCGCACUGCAUGCUGAUGGCUGUCUCCUGCGGCUUCUGGUGGGUGUUCCCGCUCGCGCAGCGGAUACGCAUACGACACGCAUACAAGCUCGAGGGCGGCAUGGCCGGGGAUUGCGUGAGGGGCGCGUGCUGUUGUUGCUGUGUGGCGCUGCAGAAUGAGAGGGAGGUGCGGGAGCGGGAGGAGAGUUGCAGGCGGUGGGCGGGGCCAGCGAGUCAGGAGGUGUAUCAAAGUUCGCCGCAGAUGGUAUAUUCGCCGCAGCGGUAAAAAGUGGAAGCGUGGGAGAAUAUGAGAGUUGAGUGAGAAGAAACGGGACGAGAAGUAUGGAUGGAGGAGGAUGCUGCACUCACUAUCUUUACGAUACCCCAGCUACGUUCAUACGAUCACGAGUAUAUAGCCAUGUCAUUUCAUAUAGCAAUAUUGUGCUACGGCCGGAAUCUUGAAU